UUUUCGGCCCCGCCGCCUCCCCGUAGCGGGGCGGCGCUCCCGGCUGCCAUCACGUGAGAGGCGCUGGGAGCGGCAGGCCGGCGGAGGUGGCAGCAGCGCCGGGAGGCCGCCGAACAUGGCCGACGACCUGAAGAGGUUCCUCUACAAGAAGCUGCCCAGCGUGGAAGGCCUUCACGCCAUCGUGGUGUCGGACAGGGACGGGGUGCCCGUCAUCAAAGUUGCCAAUGAUAAUGCUCCAGAACACGCCCUGCGACCUGGCUUUUUGUCCACGUUUGCCCUUGCGACGGAUCAGGGCAGUAAACUGGGACUUUCUAAAAACAAAAGCAUCAUCUGUUACUACAACACGUAUCAGGUGGUGCAGUUCAACCGCUUACCUUUGGUAGUAAGUUUCAUCGCGAGCAGCAAUGCCAAUACAGGGCUGAUUGUAAGCUUAGAGAAGGAGCUCACACCCUUGUUUGAAGAACUGAGGCAAGUUGUUGAGGUUUCGUAGCUCGGUGGUACAGUCGGAGUGCAGCAUCCCUCUGCAGCCCGGUGGACAGAAAGAUUCAAUGAUCCUCAGUGAAAUAACACGUCUCAGAAGAAAUACCACAGCUCCUUAGUAUACUGAGUAAGAGUAAAUUGUACAUAGUACUGAAUCUGAAAUGAUCUACUAGUGUGUUGUCGGUGGACGUUACUUUAGACCACGCUUCUUGUAUCGUGCAGUACCGGAGAGACCACUACACAGCUCCCAUGGAGUUUAGCUCAGCCAGCGAGAUGCUGUUGGCUCAGAUGAGUGGCCCCCAGCCCCCCUGCCUUACAGGGAGCCAGGCGCACGGUGGUUUAUCCUCAGGUGUCACCAAAGAUGUGGCUGAAAGCGUUGCGAGGGCCAGCGUGCUAGCGGCGAGGUAUCAGUACAAUCAGCCAAUACCCCAUCUUUCUGAUGUUGGUGAUACUUCGGUAAAAGAAUCUUACUAACCUGGGUGCUGGCUGCAUCCUGCUUUCAUUAAGAACGCUAUUUCCAUGAACAAUGUUGCUUUAGGGGUUUUCUUAUUGCCCACAUAAAAGCACCUCAACAGUGAUUCACUUCUUUUUUUGUGUGUGUGUAAUACAGUCAUGAAGUUCUCAUGUCUCUUAGUUUUGUGUGGGUUCAUCACUGGUGACACUCUCAGCUCAUUUACCCUUAGGUUUUCCUAAGUAAAUAUAAAUAAAAAACAGUAUUUUUAAAUGACA